GGAGGGACGCUCGUAGAAACCGUGACACGCCAGCUUCAGCAGAGUAUCUGCCAGGCAAUUACAGCAGAGACGUAUCGAGGGAGGGUGGCUACCAAAACUAAUCAAAAGGGCCGUCCAGCACCUGAACCAUCAAUCGGCUUUAUGAGCAAAGGCGAUCAAUCAACCCGCGGUUAACCUUCGGAAGAAACGCGGAAGUGUAAUUCAACGUCAACGCUUGUGUUUUUUUUUGACUUAUUAUCGGUGACAACAUGGCUGAAUGUAACGUUAGCAUCGACAAGAAAAAACUACCUGGAGUGAAAGAGGUGUGCCGAGACUUUGCUGUGCUGGAGGAUCACUGCCUGGCUUACAACCUCCAGGAACAAGAAAUUGAGAGCCACUUGGCGUCCAACGUCAAUAAGAGCCGUCUGGUGCAGAAGGACCUGCAGGUGGCCAAGAAGCUGCAGGAGGAGGAGGAUAAGAGGGCCAAAGUCCAGAGCCAAAAACAGCACGUUGACCUUGAGCGCCAAGAUAAUGAGAUCGCCCAGGAGAUUCAGGAAGAACUGGUCCGACAGGCAGAACAACAGCGACAGCAGGAAGAGAAGGAUGCAGCCAUAGCUCGUAAGCUGCAGGAGAAGGAGAUGAAAGAGGAAAGGAGGAGACAGAAGCAGCUGGAAGCAAACUUUGAGGAGGAGUACUUUGAGGAUCACGGAGCUGCAAGAAGACCCCUUGACUUGGACAAACACACCCGUCACAAAUCGACGUCCCCAGGUCGAUAUGAUGCAUAUGCUCCAGUGAGCUCACAUCGUGAUAACUCCCCAGAUUAUAGCUCAAUAGAGCCCAAAAGGAGCAGGUACCCAAAACAGGACCCAGUAGCACCCCACAGUCGCUCCAGAUACCCCGAGCAUUACCUAGUGGCAGAAGGAGGGCCAAGUAGACAUGCAGACCCAUACCCAGAGCACCUGCUGCCCUCCAGAGGGAAACACGGGGACAGGUACCCAGUUUAUGAACCCACAGAGACUGGCAGAGCCAGGGGUCCAGAGACAGAGAAUGCAGAGAAAGUGGUGAGGAGGAAGGAGAGACCAGCCAGACCACCUCCCCCACAGAGUCCUGUAGAUAGAGAUAAGGCCAGGGAAAGACAAAGGGACAGGCAGCAUGAAAGGGAAAGUCACAUGGGAAAAGACCAGAGGAGAGACGGGGAGCACGACCCCAGGAAGGUGAGAGCAGGAGGAAGAGACAGGGAAAGAUCCAGAGAUAGAGGACAGAGCGGGGACAGACACAGACAGAAAGACAGAGAUAGACAACGAGCGAGAACCAGGAGCAGGGAGAGAGGACUUGAAGGGGAGCCAGGGCACAGCAGGGACUGGCCAAGGGAGGGCAGGGCGUCUUGGGGGGAGGAAGGGGAUGAUGGUGAGAGGGAGAGGAGGGCCAGGGGCCGGCAGCGUGUCCACUCAGGCCCCGAAGAGGUGUUUGAGGAGUUCAGGAGCGACGAAGGGAGAGGGAACAUCAAAGAGUUCUCACCCGACAAGGGGAAGGUCCCCGGCAGGGAACGCAGUCAUACUCACCCCAACGAAGAGACAGGUCGUAUUGUGCACAAAGGGAGUGGAACAGUAGUAGUAGCAGAAACCGAGUACGGGCUGAGGGAAGCCACUAAGGGGCUGACCAAGCUCGAUCUCCGUGAGCUGGAGCUGAAGGACAUGGAGGUGGCCAGGAGACUGCAAGAGGAGGAAAUCAAAGUGAGGGAGCACACCAGAGAAGCAAGCAAGAUGCAUGUGCGCGCAGCCCAAGUGGCACAGGAUGAGGAAAUCGCCCGACUGCUCAUGGAACAAGAGAAAAAGGAGUACAGGAAGAAUCGUGAACGGGAGAAUGAGAGAGAGCGGGAGAAAGAGAAGGAGCGAGAGAAGGAGAGGGUGGCAAUGGAAAGGAGGCGGCAAGAGGGAGACUACAGGCCAAAUUCAGAGGAAGUUGUCCGGCCCAGAACACGAGAUGAGUAUGAAUACCAGAGGCAGAGGAACCACAACAAGCCUGCCAGACCUCCUCAGCCUCGUGCACACGACUAUGAGAAUGUGAAUCCUGGCUACGGCUACUCGGACCACCCUGUUCCUCCCCGCGCCCCCACCCGACCUGAGGCUGCUUACAAAGGUGCCUAUUACAAGCGGUGACUCAGGCUCUCUACUAUGUCCAGACAUGCUGUCAGUCCUUCUUUGUCCUCUUUUUUUUAAUUUAUCUUUUUGUUUUCAACCAUUCGCACUCUGUUGACCAAAAUCCUUGGGACAAUCUGAUGAGUUGGCAAUGGGAUUUUUUUUUUUUAAUACCCUCCAAAGUUGGCCCCAGAGUGAAGGAAGUGGGUCUGUGAGUGCUGGAACCACACUCAUAUUUUCCUUCUUUUUUUUUUUUUUUUUAUUUGUAAAUUGUAUUAUUUUAACUGAC